GUGUUUUUCACCCAACCUCCCAAACUGGAUUUGUUGAUGGAAGGCAACCCAGAGCGCAAUUGUAUCGCAGCUUGCCGACGCAAGUGGCCAGAACCUGCCAGAACCGACUUUGCCCCAUUGAGCUCAGAUGCAUCCGAGCAUGGUCUUCUUGGACUACUUCAACCGCGCGCCGUGGCACACGCGCCACGAAGGCCCGGCGCGCGACGGUCUCGGCCUGCACCACGCGCUCCUACUCGGCGCCGCCCUCCUCGUCGCCUACGUCGGCCUUCGCAUUGCGCAGUGGCUCUGGCGACCGCACACCUAUGACUUUGACGACGAGCUGCCCAAAUACUACAACGUUCAAGCAUCGAGCGACGCGAGCUCGUGGUCCGAGUACCUCUGGCCGUUGCUGUGGGUCGACCGCGUCUACUGGACCCGCGACGUGCGCCGCGCCAAGUACCGCCGCCGCCACAAGACGAGCAGCAUAGCACUCGAUACGAUCCCCGAGGAGACUGAGAAGACCACCUUCGACGAAUACACGGUGCUGCGCAUGCCCAGCGCGCUCAAGCUCUCCUAAACACCGCGCGAUUGGAGCGCGGUCCGACCUAUUUAAACCCAACCAUGAUAAGUUAAGCGAAUCUACUUUUGCGCGAGCAGCAUACUUCCCUUGCGCACCAUUCACAAAACACGAGCACGUUGGUUGACCGA